AUGGCGUCAAACAAUCCUCCCAGGGUGCCUAUGCUUCUUCUGAAGACAAAAUCCACUCCCAUCGACACCUACGAAGAGCUCUUCUCAUCAACGCCAGUGCCAAGCAGCGGCAGCGAUGAGACGCGGACGAGCUUCUCGCCCCAAUUCGUCCCCGUCUUGCAGCACAGGCUCGAAGAGCCUGGCGUCAAUGCCCUGCGGGACCACCUUCAGCACCAGUCUAUAUCCCCCCGUGAGGAUGGCACAUAUGGGGGCCUCAUCUUCACAUCCCAGAGGGCCGUCGAGGCAUUCGCCAAGACGGUCGACGAAGGCAAGGGUGCGUUCCUCUACCCCCCCAAACCUGUUCGCAACAUCGCAGGCGACCCAUCAUGGCCUCACCUUCAGAACAUCCCCAUUUACAGCGUCGGGCCUGCAACCACACGAGCCCUGAGAGCCAUCCCCCAAGCCCCCUCGCCCCUACAGGUCUUCGGAGAGCAUACGGGCAAUGGAGAGGCCCUAUCCCACUUCAUCCUUGACCACUACAGCGAGUGGUACCCCGGAAGGACCACCAAGCCCGCCCUCCUCUUCCCCGUCGGCGAGCAGCGCCGCGACAUCAUCCCCAAGACCCUCAUGGACCCGGCCCUCCCCGCCGACCGAAGGAUAGAGGUCACCGAGAAGGUCGUCUACGGCACAGGCGUCAUGGAAAGCUUCCUGUCCGACUUCACCGCCGUCCUCGAGGACACGGCCGGGGCGCGCGAGAGAUGGGUCGUCGUCUUCUCGCCCACCGGCUGCGACAGCAUGCUCCGCGGCAUGGGCCUCCUCGGUGAGGACGGCAAGGUCGCGGGCGCCGCGGCCCGCCGAGAUGGCAAGACGUACGUCGCCACCAUUGGCCCGACUACGAAGCAGCAUCUGGAGUCCAACUUCGGCUUCUCGCCUGAUGUGUCCGCCGAGAAGCCGUCGCCUGAAGGUAUUCUGCAAGCGAUAGCAAACUAUAGAGCUUCAAAGAGUAAUUGA